UUGACACUGACAGUAGACAACGACAAAGACAGGCGUGAUAGACAGAACAGAAGACGGAUACACUUUGACUGUAACCGCGCAGUUUUAGAUAAAGGACAGCCCGAGUGAGUUUUAUUUUUAUUCCUUCAUCGCAAACCACCGGCCUUUAUCAACCAGUGCCUUUUAUCAGGGAGUUCGUGAAGAAGUGACGACGGUUUCUACUCUUUUACAUUUGGUGCCUGGACUGGACGAUUCAUUGAGUGUCUUUAUGUGACAGUUGCGCUAUUUGCCCGUUUGCUUUCGAGAUGGCAGAAUUACCACCGCCGCAACAGUUGGUUGAUAUUGACCCAGAUUUCGAGCCGCUCUCUCGCCCCCGGUCAUGCACCUGGCCUCUGCCUCGACCGGAGUUCAUCGAACCGGCCAGCUCGAACACAUCUUCACCGGCGCCUUCAGUCAAGCAGGAGCCUGUCGAAUACAUUAGGAACCUCAGUUUGUUAGAGGAGUCAGAGGACUACCCGGAGGAUGAGAAACCGCUCGUUUUGUGCAAUGAUUUUCAAUGCCAGGAGAAAUGUAUACACCAGCAACAGCAGCAACAACAUCAUCCACAGCAGUUACAGAAGCACCCGGGUACUCUGCUGCCACACCAGCAACAGGUGCCCCCGCUCUCGUCCCCCGUCGGGUCGAAUUCGGUGGCCUCCGCCGCAGCCGCGCAGAGGAAAAGCAGCUCGUCGCGUCGGAACGCGUGGGGGAAUAUGUCCUACGCGGACCUCAUCACCAAGGCGAUAGAGAGCUCACCCGAGAAGCGGCUCACCUUGUCUCAGAUCUAUGACUGGAUGGUGAAGAGCGUGCCAUAUUUUAAGGAUAAAGGUGACAGUAAUAGCUCUGCAGGUUGGAAGAACUCCAUCCGCCACAACCUGUCCCUCCACAGUCGUUUUGUUCGUGUGCAGAACGAGGGGACAGGGAAGAGCUCCUGGUGGAUGCUGAACCCCGAGGGAGGGAAGAGCGGGAAGUCCCCCCGACGUAGAGCUGCCUCCAUGGACAACAACAGCAAGUUCACCAAGAGCAGAGGAAGGGCUGCCAAGAAGAAGGUGGCUCUCCAGGUGGAUGGGGGUGCAGACAGCCCGGGAGGCUUCCAGUACUCCAAGUGGCUAGGCAGCCCCAACUCCCAUAGCCACAGCAACGACGACUUCGAGGCCUGGACUACCUUCCGGACGCGCACCAGCUCCGACGCCUCCACCCUCUCUGGCCGUCGCUCUCCCUUCCUGGAACAGGAUGUCGACCUAUCAGAGGCCGACGUCCACAUGGGCUACCCCGGAGGGGUGGGGCCUAAGAUGACCUCCAUGGCCACGCUGCCUAGCCUAUCAGAGGUGGGCCUGGCCAGCUCCAUGGGUGGUCAUCACCACAGUCACCAUGGAACAGAGAACGUCAUGGAUAGCCUCCUUGACAACCUCAACCUGCUGUCCCCCAAGAAUCAAGCCCAGCUGGGGGUAGGCGUUGGUCCUGGGUCUGGGCCCGACUCCUCCCGGUCCUCCCCCUCCUCCAAGCUUCAGAACAGCCCCUAUAGCUCCCCCUCCAUGACCCCUCACCCCCAGCCCCAACAGCAGGACUACAGGAAGUGCCUCUACGGCCAGGCCGGUCCAGGGAUGAACAGCCCGCAUCUCUCCCCCAUCCCCAUGCAGACGCUGCCAGAGAGCAAGCCGCCAGGGUCCUUCGCACCCUUCCUGAGCCAUUACAACUGCCCUGCUGGGCUACUCAAGGAGCUGUUGACCUCUGACGUAGCCGACCCUCGUUGUGGUGGGGAGGCCAUGCCCUCCAUGGAGACUGUAGUGUCCCAGUCUGGGAGAGGAGGAGGAGGGCGGAUGCUUCCCAACUACAGCAGCCAGGGACAGGUAGGACAUUUAGGGGGGCAUGGGGGGGUAAAGAUGAUGAUUCCCCCAACUCAGCAACACCCACAACACCCUCAGUCUCAUCCUCACCCUCACCCACGGCCCCUCCACAUCCAGGGCCCUCCCCCCUCUGGGCCCUCCAUGAACAGCUGUGGCCUGAUUCCGCUGACCAGCCUGAACCACGCUGGGGGCCCAGCCCGUCUUGCCAGCCUCAGGACACACAUCCACCAGCUACAGCAGCAGCCACAUGGUGGUGGUGGUCACCCAGCCUCAGGCCACCAAAACCACAGUCCCCACCACAGCGAAGCUCCUCCACCCAGCUACAGCAGCAGUGCUAAUGGUUAUGUGAGGCCAGGUCCAGGCCACAGCCACAGCUAUGGUCAUCCUCAGGCCCACCAUCACCACCAAAAUCACCACCAUCAUCAGGAGAGGCUGCCUAGUGAUCUAGACGACAUGUCCAUCGAGAGGUUUGAGUGUGACAUGGAGUCUGUUCUUCAUGAUACGCUGAUGGAUGGAGACUCGCUGGACUUCAACUUUGACCCCAUGGUGACCUCUCAGGGGUUCAGCCAGGGGGUCGGGGUGAAGACCACCACACACAGCUGGGUGUCUGGCUAGGACACACACACACCUCUCAGACUCAGAGCAGCCAGAUUUUUCACCAUUCACCACUGGCCUUUCACCCUUCAGCACUGGAUGGAAAGGUCUAAAGAAACCAUUGCCCCUCUCCACAGGACUAUCAUCAGCCCGUCCCAAUUCUCUCACAAUCUAUUGCAGAUCUGUAAGGUGGAAGAAAUAAUAGAUUUGCGAAGAUCGAAGGGUAACGGCCAAGGGGAAGGGGUAGGGAGUGAAUAGGGGCUGGCUGAGACUGCUUGUUUGGAGGGAACGUCUCGUCUGAAGUUGGCUUUGUAAAUACAGCAGCACUCGACUCGGCACAAUAUCAUUCACUUCAACAGAACCUGGAAGAAGCUGGAGCCUCAUUUACAAAAAGCAAUGUUUUCUUGUGAAAUAUAUUUGGUGUUUAUUAUGUUAUUUUAUUUUGGGGGAUCUCAGAUUAUGUUUUUGCAAGUGUAUUUCUUUUUUUAUGUUCAGAGUCAAAAUCACACAAAAUCAGGGCUAGUUUUAGCUCUUCAAAAAUAACUGGAAUGGAGUCUGUUCUAUUCUACAUUCAAGUGGGGUCAGUCCCACCCUUCAAGGUGCUUUUCAAAAAGCAUUUGGCAUAUUAUGUAUGAAUAAAAUAUUAUGGAUGUAAAUAUGCUACAAUACUUCAAACAUAUAUGAUGUAUACUGUGUGUAUAUUUGUGAUAAGGAAUAUUCUUACAUUUUAUCAUAUUUCCUUAAAACCAGAAACUUUCUCUGUGUGCAUUUAAAAUGCCUUUUUCAUUGCCUUUCAAAUUACCAAUAUACUAUGUGAAACAUCUACCCAGGAACCAGUCCAGCAUAGGGAUAGCCGUAAUCACAGUGAUUCAGUGAUAGGACAAAUCAGACUAGUUCAGUGAUAAUAGAUAUAUGUAUUUCAGUGAUAGGACAAAUCAGAGAAGUGCAGCAAGUGGUUACUUAUCUAACAUCUCAGGCUAUUCUUACCUCAGCUGUUCAUCGCUCUUCCCUUCUCUUGCUCUUCAAGUCACUUACGAGUUACGAUUCCUAAUUCUUUUCUGUAACCAUCACGUAUCUGAUUGUGACAAUCACACUCUCCCCGGCCUUCAUUCAGCUCGCAUCCCCUCAACUCAUUUUUCUCUCUCCCACUCCCACCAUUUCCCUCCCACUCUCCUACCCUUUAUUAACCCACUUCUCUUUGUGCCUUAUUACUCCCGAUCCCUCUCUUUCUCCCUCCCUCCUUCUCUCUCUCUCUGUGGGUGUGAGGGCGCUGUAUGCAUUAGGAGGGCUGUGAUCAUUUGAGAGGCUGAUAAUGGACUCUAGUUUAACUCACAUAACAGUGCUCAACAGCAGAACACGGGAUUUGAGCUAUUUUCCUCCCUAGCAACCCUCCCUCUCUCCCUCUCUGUUUGUCACACACCAAAUCGUGUAACCUAACUAAACGGAUGUUUUAGAGUCAGUGUGCUGAUUCACUGCACCUUUUAUAGUCUCUGAUUUUUUGCUUAAUUUGGUUGUUACUAUUCUGUAACUAUUAAUUCAGUAUGUAAGUAAGUUUGGGAAAGUCAAGGCUUUAAAUGUUAUUUGUUACUGGACUUUUCAUUGUAGUUUAUAAUAAUUCCCUGAGUGACCUGUGAGAAUAUGUGUAGUGCUGGAGUAACCUUGUAGAGUCUGCACCUAUAGGGUGCCAUUUGGCUGUUUACUAAAUAUGUUUAAUUAAUGCAAUUUAAGAUGAGUUAAUGCACACUCACACACUCAUACCUCGACUUCUUUUACCUCACACCAUUCUGUCACAGUGCAUGGGGAUUGGGUAUGUAAAAUAUGAUCCAUAAUUUUUUUCUUGAUAU